AUGGAAAAAUUAAAAAAUAUUCAACAACUAAAAGAAGUACUUAAAAAUUUUCCAAGAAAUAUAAAAUUUUGUUUUGCAUAUGGAUCUGCUGCAUUUAAACAAUUAAAUAAUCAGUCUAACAAUGUAGUGGAUCUUAUAUUUGUUGUUCGUAAUGUGAACCAAUGGCAUACUGAGAAUUUAAAACUUAAUCCAACACAUUAUGCUCAGCCAUUACGAUUUUUUGGACAAAGAGCAAUUACUAAUGUCCAAGAAAAAUGGGGUGCUAAGGUAUAUUAUAAUACAUUAAUUAAAAUGGCAGAAGGAUAUACCAUCAAGUAUGGAAUAAUUUCUGAAGUUUCACUAAUAGAAGAUUUAAUAGAUUGGCAUGACAUAUAUUUAGCAGGAAGGUUACACAAGCCAGUUAAAAUACUCAUCGAACCAAAUGAAUAUUCUAAGUUACCUACAGCUCUAGUACAAAAUUUACAUUCAGCUGUACAUGCAGCAUUAAUAUUACUCCCACAACACUUUACAGAAAUUGAAUUUUAUAAAAUUAUUGCUGGUUUAUCCUAUAAUGGUGAUUUUCGAAUGAUCUUCGGUGAAAAUCAAGAAAAAGUUAAUAACAUCGUUUUAUCCCAGUUGGCAUAUUUUAGACAAUUGUAUAGUCCAAUUUUACAACAUUUUGAUAAUUAUGUGGAUAUUCCAAAGUUUGAGACUAUGGCAGUCACCUGCCAUCAAGAUAUAAGUCCUGCAACAAGAAUUCAUCAUUUCAAUCAGUUACCUAGAGUACCACAAGUUAAACUUGUCAGAGCAUGGCGUCGUGGUCCAAUAUCAGUGGAUACUGAAGAUUGCUUACGUGCAAUAGCUUAUGAUCCUGAUUGUGGUGAAAUAUUAAAUCAUUGUUUGAAAGAAAUUGUAUGGAGAUCUAGUGUUACCCAAAGUUUAAAGGGAAUUGUAACUGCUGGAUUUAUAAAAUCUAUUCGGUACAGUGCAACAAAAGUAAAGAAGAUGAUACAGACAAAUCCACAGAUAAUUUCCCCUCCAAAACUAGAGCCAAGUCAAAGUAAAAUAGAAAGUAAUUUGAAAAAUGUGAAGACUGAAGUACUAUCAAAGGAAACAGACAAACGUAUAGAGUAG